AUGGAGAGAGAGCUCGAGAUGAAGGAGCGCCACAAGACGGAGGACAUGUCCGACGAGAUGGAUCAGGCCCCCGACGCCAACAACACGGAGAGCACUGACCAAACCAUCGACUGCUCGACUGGCGAGAUUAAGCGCAUGCAGCGCAUGAAGGAGAAGCAGCUGGACACCGACCUCCUGGCGCUUGCGAUCGGAGAAAAGGAACUUAACAACAAGAUGAAGGAGUUCAUCGACGAGGAAGUCAAGCUGGCAAACUACAGCAAACAGCUACACGCCGAAGAGAGAGUCCUUAUCCUCCAGCAGAGAAACAUGGAUAGAGAAGAGCUGAGAGCCAUGAAUGGCAAUGCUAAGCUAUCGAUCGAGAAGCUGAUGCUUGAAAACGAGAAGCUCAGACUCGAAAACGAGGAGCUGAAGCUGAAGAAUGAAGCGACGAGCCUCGAAAUCGAGGACCUGGCACUCCGCACGAAGGAGACACGCGACUCUGAGCAAGACACGAAAGACUCCGGUCUCACCGGCAAACAGCCCGGCACAAUGGACAUUGCCCAAGGCGGGGGUCCCGACAUUUCCUGGUCCACACUUUACCACCAGAACCCCUCCGGCGUCAAGCACCUAGAGGAGACGCAUGUCGUCCCUGCUGCUAGAACGAAGCUUGAGACGAUGCUGACGAAUGAGGUGGAGCUUGUGCAACAGCUUUAUCUGGAAGGCUUCCCUGAGUCCUUGAGCAAGGCAGUCGAGGAGAAGAACGAUAGCGACUGGGAAAACUACGUCGGCCUGAAUGUGGCGCCCCUCGACACGUCCUCCAGUCCGCAUCAACCCCAAGCCGUCUACCUCGUCAUGCAUCACGCUUUCAACCAAGCGGACAAGGACGAGAAUGACUUCGCUUUUGAAGACGUCACCAGCAGCGAGGUUGUGGGAUGCUACCAGAGCAAAUACGCAGCCAACAUCCGAGUGAUGGAGUAUUCCUCGGACCACUACAUGAUGGCGGAUGCGAUGUGGAACUACAUAGGUGAUGCCCAAGACAGGACGCAGAAGGAGUGGAACAUGGUCGCUGAUGACCUUCUGCACAUUUACUACUACUUUCCUUACAUGUGCCACAAGUUCUUCGCCACCAAAGUUGACGUCAAGUUCUCGGGCUUCCAUGGUGGCUUGGACGUUGCGGUGCCUGCCCACCGCUAG